UGGUGGAGCACGUGGAAGAUUUUUUUCAAAAUGUCAACAGAAGACAGCAAACAGCCGUCUUUUAAGAACCUAACGUCGACGAACUAUGGCGUUCCAAGAGAGCAUCAACAUCUGCCUUUGCAGGAACUAACCAAACCACAUGUGGAAUCAUUCAACUUUUUCUUGAAAGAGGGAUUACCUACAGCGGUCAAGAACAUCCCAACUACAGAGUUUGCCCUUCCAAAUGGAGAUCGGGUUAGGUUUAAGUUAUUGGAUGCUACCUUGUACCAACCCAGGGUUUCUCAGGGCAACCAUUUUGCUGUUACACAAAAGGUGUAUCCAGCAGAGUGUCGUGAGCGAGGAGUAACUUACAAAGGAGGCCUGAUUAUACAGCUUUUGUGGUCCGUCAAUGAUAACAUAAGUGGUACGCUUGAGAAGGAGAUUGGAAGCAUCCCUAUUAUGGUCAAGUCGGAUGGCUGUAACCUGAGUAAACUAAAUCCCGCUGAGCUGAUAAAAAGAGGCGAGGAAGCUGAGGAGAUGGGAGGAUACUUUGUAGUUAAUGGCCUGGAGAAAGUGGUCAGGAUGCUUGUGAUGCCAAGACGUAAUUAUCCCACCUGUAUGACACGCCCCUCAUGGAAGAACCGUGGAAAACAGUAUACAGAAUUUGGUGUCUCUAUCCGAUGUGUUCUUGAUGAUCAGAGUGGCAUUACUAACAUCCUCCACUACCUGUCUAAUGGGAUGGCGACUCUCAGCUUCACAUACAACAAAGAGAUGUUUUUUGUACCUGUUGUCUUCAUUCUUAAGGCUCUGGUGAAGGUCACAGACAAGUACAUCUAUGAUGAGCUGAUACAGGGCAAAGAAGAGGACUCUUACUAUAAAGGGUGUAUAGUCGGCAUGCUGAGACAAGUACAGGAUGAAGGCCUCCUCACACAGUCCAGCAUCAUGAAGCUGAUCGGGGAGCGCUUCCGCAUCAAGCUUGAUCUGCCAGUGUGGUAUACAGAUGUUGACGUGGCCAACUACCUGCUCAAACACUGCAUUGCCAUUCAUCUGGAAUCCAACACAGAUAAGUUCAACCUUUUGUUAUACAUGACAAGGAAGCUGUUUACAUUUGCCCGAGGAGAGUGUGCUGAGGAGAGCCCUGAUAAUACUAUGUACCAGGAAGUGCUGCUCAGUGGUCAUCUGUUUUCUAUGGUGGUCAAGGAGAAGAUCCAUGACUGGGUCAGAAAUUUAAGGAUGCAGGUGGAAAAAGAAGCUAAAGUGAAGGAAAAGAAUGGACAAAAGUAUAAUGUAGACGAGGGUUCCCUGCAAAAUUCCAGUCGUCGUGUCUCUACAAUUACCAGGCCAGUGGAGUAUUUAAUGACUACUGGAAACCUAAUCUCGCGGACUGGUCUCGGACUGAUGCAGAUGUCGGGUCUAACAAUUGUUGCGGAUAAGUUGAACUUCCUGCGGUACAUUUCACAUUUCCGCUGCAUACAUAGAGGCUCAUUCUUUGCCGAGAUGAGAACAACUGCUGUCAGAAAAAUGUUACCCGAGUCCUGGGGAUUUAUCUGCCCUGUCCACACACCUGAUGGGACCCCCUGUGGCUUGAUGAAUCACAUGACUGCCCUCUGUCAGAUUGUAAACAAACUGUACAGCAACAUCCACCUGCCAAAGUUACUCUGCUCACUGGGGGUAACACCAUUAGAUGCCCCGCCCCUGGGGAAGUACAACGAUAACUACCAGGUCAUUGUGGAUGGGAAAAUCAUCGGCAACAUACACAGCAGUUUGGCAGAGAGUGUGGCUCAAAAAAUCCGUGUCAUGAAGGUGGAGGGCCUCAACAAGGUGCCCCCGGUAACGGAGGUGGGGUUCGUACCACGUACAGAAUUUGCCAGUCAGUAUCCCGGUCUCUAUAUCUUUACUACGCCAGCAAGGAUGAUGCGUCCUGUUAGAAAUCUCAGCCUAAAGAAAAAUGAGAUGAUCGGAACAUUUGAGCAAGUCUAUAUGGACAUCAGUCUAAAUGAUGAAGAAACUCAUCUAAACCAGAAGAAGGUGACCCAUCAGGAGCUGACAGAAAUGGCUAUGUUGUCGACAGUCGCCUGCCUUACACCUUUCUCGGACUUCAACCAGAGUCCCAGGAAUAUCUACCAGUGCCAGAUGGGUAAACAGACAAUGGGCACACCCUGUCACGCUCUAACACAUCGGUCUGACAACAAGUUAUACAGAAUACAGACGCCCCAGACACCAAUGGUCAGACCCUACAUGUACGACUACUAUAACAUUGACGAAUACCCAGUAGGAACCAAUGCUGUGGUAGCUGUCAUUUCUUACACAGGGUAUGAUAUGGAGGAUGCCAUGAUUCUGAACAAAUCAUCCUUUGAGAGAGGAUUUGGACAUGCAACUAUUCAUAAAGCAGAGAUAAUAAGUUUGGCAGAAAAAGACAAUACAAGUCGUGGCCAGAAUACAAAUCUUGUCUUUGGCUGUAAAGGAGAUCAAAAGCAUGCGGAGGGAAAACUGGACAGUGACGGGCUACCGUGUGUUGGAUCCUAUCUACAGGAUGGUGACCCUUACUACAGUUACGUUAACCUUCAGACUGGGGAGACAAGGGUCGAGUUUUAUAAGAACGCUGAGCCUGCCCAUGUAGACUACAUAAAGAUCCUCGGAAAUGACCUUGGCACCAGCGAGCUGAACAAAGUCUGUAUUGGGCUUCGGAUUAAGAGAAAUCCUAUCAUAGGAGAUAAAUUUGCCAGUCGACACGGACAGAAAGGAAUUUGUAGUAUGCUUUGGCCAGUGGAGAACAUGCCGUUCACAGAGAGCGGGAUGACACCAGACAUACUGUUUAACCCUCACGGCUUCCCCUCCAGGAUGACCAUAGGUAUGAUGAUAGAGAGUAUGGCUGGGAAGUCAGCAGCCAGUCACGGUCUUUGUCAUGAUGCGACACCGUUCAAGUUCUCAGAAGACCAGCCAGCUAUUAAUUACUUUGGGGAUAUCCUCACUAAAGCCGGCUAUAACUACUACGGGACCGAACGUAUGUACAGUGGAUCAAGUGGACUAGAGUUAGAGGCUGAUAUCUUUAUAGGUGUGGUGUAUUACCAGCGUCUACGUCACAUGGUGUCUGACAAAUUCCAGGUAAGAUCUACAGGCCCUGUUGAUCAGCUGACCCACCAACCAGUAAAGGGGAGGAAGCGUGGAGGUGGAAUCAGAUUCGGAGAGAUGGAGAGAGAUGGCAUGAUAGCUCACGGGACAGCCUUUCUUCUACAGGAUCGACUCCUCAACUGUUCUGAUAAAUCUAUGGUUCAUGUUUGUACAGAGUGUGGCAGCAUGUUAUCACCAUUGUUAGAGCGGCCAGUGGCAGCAGUGGCCGCUGUCACUUCAGAAAUGAGACGUAAAUGGACAUGCAUGUUAUGUAAACGAUCGGACACCAUCCAAGUUAUCACUGUGCCAUUUGUGUUCAGAUAUCUUGUGGCAGAAUUAGCAGCCAUUAAUAUAAAAGUACAGCUGGAAGUCAAAUGAAACUACAAAGGUUAACUCAAGGUCAUGUGUUCUAUGAUGUGCUUAGUAAAAAUAUCACAGGCAAAGCAGAAGGAUGCUGGUAUCAGUUUCAAUCUAGAGGUCUAUAAACUGUUGCAGAAAUGCUUGAUGGCUGAGUUGUUACAACAUUGGGCAAAGUAUAAAUUCCUGGAGAAUUCCUGAUAAGAUUUACUGGUUGGAUAUUCCCCAGUAGUGUAAUUGUGAAAGGGAAUUCCCUGUAGAGUUAUAUAUACAUGUAUUUAUAUUUAUAUAACUGGUCGGGAAUGCCCCCUGAAUUCUUCAGUGAUUGUAUUGGACAGUGUAGACUCCAGACCAGAGUUUAUGGUGUGUGGUACUGCUGAUGAAAUUUGAUGAAAAAUUUGUGGCCCUUUGUGUGUGUCCUGACCAGGGAACUACAACAAGAACAUGCAAGGAGAAAUAUUCUUGCCCACAUUAUGCAUGUUGUUGUCCCCAAAUGUGGAGUUGUGUCCUAAACAAGGAUUUUAAAGGAAAAGUGGGGGAAUGCAUUCAUUAACAUGUAUUGAGCAAACUACUGCCGCAGAUCAUGUAAUUUUUAAUUUCAUGUUUAUUACAUGUAUAUUGUUAUCUUUAUAAGAAGUUGUUAAUUAAAUUUAAAAAAAAAGA